CGUCAUAGGCAUCAACACAUUGCACCGUACAUCAUCCCCUCGAGCGCCGUGAUCACAGGGUAUGAUCCGGAUGUAGCUAUUUUUGCCCAUCCCUGGGAUUAUUUUUUCUCUAUCUGAUCUCUGAUCGACCCUGUACUGUCACCAUGUCUGACUCCGAUUUCGAAGCCGUUCGGAGGCUCCAAGCUGAGCGGAAUGCCGCUGCAGCUGGAAGUAAAGGUUCUAGGACCUUUGAUCCGUCUAGCCAGCGCACUGACAACUCGACCAAGGCCUCCCUGAGUGAAACCUUCGACACCACCCUUUACGAUCGCGAAGGCGCCGACAGGUAUGCGGGCUACGACACUUCGAUCGCCGUCAAUGGCGAUGACGAGGAGAUGGAGGAUGCGGAAGGUGGUCACCGUCUAGUGGGACAGUAUACCGCAACCAAGAGUCAGAUGGAUGAAUUCGCCCACGGUAAUGGAGUGGAGGAAGAGGACAUCCUUCUCGGUCGUGAGAAGGCGGCUAGAAUCGCAGACCGCGAGACGGACUACCAAAAGCGCCGAUUCAACCGUGGCCCUCUGACCCCCACCAGAGCGGAUCCUUUCGCCGCAAAUACUCAUGCGAACGUUGAGGGAGAGGGUCAGACGUAUCGUGAAGUCAUGGCUCUGCGUGAGCUUGAAAAAGAAGAAGAGCGUGUUCAGAAGCUGAUCUCAGAGAAGCAGGCCAGUGGCGAGAACGGUAUCGCAGAACAUGAGGCCACGUUGACGUUGGAGGACAAAGAAAACGCAGAUGCUGGCUCGACCGUCUCCGUCGCUACGGGACGCAAGCGCAAGCAACGAUGGGAUGUGGGUUCUGAGUCGACUGAAGCAGCUCCUGAGGCUUCUCAGCCCCAGGAGGCAAAGAGCAAGAAAUCGCGCUGGGAUCAAACACCCGCGCCGGGUGCCACCGAUGAAGCACCUAAACGUCGGUCGCGGUGGGAUCAGGCACCAGCUAUCGCGGCCGCCACCCCUGUUGGCAACCAGGGCCUCGCAACCCCCAUGCAUCCUUCACAAGUAGGUGCGCCAAUGAUGCCGACCAGUUUUGGAACUGAUAUCUCCGCCCGCAAUGCCCCCUUCUCGGAUGAGGAACUUGAUAUGAUGCUCCCGGGCGAGGCCGAUGGCUACAAGAUCCUUGAUCCUCCUCCAGGAUACGCUCCGAUCCGGAACCCUGCAAGGAAACUUAUGUCGACCCCAGCUCCCAUGGCCAGCGCAACUGGUGUUGGAGGCUUCAUGAUGCAAGAACCCGAAAGCGCCCGUGCCUUAGGCAAGCAGCUCCCAACAGAAAUUCCAGGAGUCGGAGAUCUUCAGUUCUUCAAGCCCGAGGAUAUGGCAUAUUUCGGAAAGCUUAUGGAAGGCGGAGAUGAGAGUGUGAUGUCUGUGGACGAACUGAAGGAGCGGAAGAUUAUGAGGCUGCUGUUGAAGGUCAAGAACGGUACACCACCGAUGAGGAAAACUGCCCUGCGUCAACUCACAGACAACGCGCGCCAGUUCGGGGCCGGCCCCUUGUUUAAUCAGAUCCUUCCGUUGCUCAUGGAGAAGUCACUUGAGGACCAAGAGCGCCACUUGUUGGUGAAGGUUAUCGAUCGUGUUCUCUAUAAGCUGGACGAUCUUGUCCGUCCCUACGUGCAUAAGAUUCUCGUCGUCAUUGAACCUUUACUCAUUGACCAGGAUUAUUAUGCCCGCGUUGAGGGUAGGGAGAUCAUUUCUAAUCUUGCUAAGGCUGCCGGUCUUGCUACCAUGAUUAGUACGAUGCGUCCCGAUAUCGAUCAUGUUGAUGAAUAUGUCAGAAACACAACGGCACGAGCCUUCGCUGUGGUCGCUUCAGCGCUUGGUAUCCCCGCUCUACUUCCAUUCCUGCGUGCUGUGUGUCGCAGUAAGAAAUCUUGGCAAGCAAGACACACUGGGGUCAAGAUUGUCCAGCAAAUCCCUAUCCUCAUGGGCUGUGCCAUCCUUCCUCAUCUGAAGGGUCUCGUGGAUUGUAUUGCCGACAAUCUCAGCGAUGAACAAGCGAAGGUCAGAACGGUCACUGCAUUAGCAGUAGCGGCCUUGGCCGAGGCCGCUAACCCUUACGGUAUCGAAAGUUUCGAUGAGAUUCUCAAUCCUCUCUGGACGGGAGCAAGGAAGCAGCGUGGCAAAGGUCUGGCUGCCUUCCUUAAAGCUGUCGGAUAUAUCAUUCCUCUCAUGGACGAGGAGUAUGCCAAUUACUAUACUAGUCAAAUCAUGGAGAUCCUGCUGCGCGAGUUCUCCUCUCCGGAUGAGGAGAUGAAGAAGGUUGUCCUCAAAGUGGUGUCUCAGUGUGCCAGCACUGAUGGUGUGACAGCCAGCUAUCUGAAAGAGCACGUUUUGACCGACUUCUUUAAGAGCUUCUGGGUAAGGCGUAUGGCACUCGACAGGAGGAACUACCGCCAAGUUGUUGAUACUACCGUCGAUCUGGGCCAAAAGGUUGGUGUGGGUGAGAUCCUCGAGCGCGUCGUCAACAAUCUGAAGGAUGAGAGCGAACCUUACCGGAAGAUGACGGUGGAAACUGUAGAGAAACUUAUUGCAUCCCUGGGAGCCGCAGAUAUCUCCGAGAGGUUGGAAGAGAGGCUCAUUGAUGGUGUACUCUAUGCCUUCCAGGAGCAGAGCAUCGAGGAUAUCGUAAUCUUGAACGGAUUUGGAACUGUGGUUAAUGCGCUUGGUACUCGUUGCAAGCCGUAUCUGCCACAGAUCGUCAGUACCAUUCUUUGGAGGCUGAACAACAAGUCAGCCACCGUCCGUCAGCAAGCUGCAGACCUCAUCUCACGCAUUGCAAUGGUUAUGAAGCAGUGCGGCGAGGAUGCACUGAUGGGUAAACUCGGUAUUGUGCUCUACGAGUAUCUGGGCGAAGAGUACCCUGAAGUCCUUGGUUCGAUUCUGGGCGCUCUACGUUCCAUCGUCACCGUGGUCGGUAUCAACCAGAUGCAACCGCCUAUUAGAGACCUCCUUCCUCGUCUUACACCCAUUCUGCGGAACCGACAUGAAAAGGUGCAGGAAAACACCAUCGAUCUUGUUGGUCGUAUUGCAGACCGUGGUCCCGAGUCUGUCAAUGCUCGCGAGUGGAUGCGUAUUUGCUUCGAGCUGCUUGACAUGUUGAAAGCACACAAGAAGGGCAUCCGUCGUGCAGCAAACAACACUUUCGGCUUCAUCGCCAAGGCAAUUGGCCCUCAGGAUGUUCUGGCAACUUUGCUUAACAACUUACGUGUGCAGGAACGUCAGUCUCGUGUUUGUACUGCUGUUGCCAUUGGUAUCGUGGCUGAAACCUGCGCACCAUUUACUGUCCUUCCAGCUCUGAUGAAUGAAUACCGGGUACCGGAAUUGAACGUUCAAAACGGUGUGUUGAAGGCAAUGUCGUUCUUGUUCGAGUACAUUGGUGAGAUGGCCAAGGAUUACGUCUAUGCUGUUACGCCCCUUCUUGAGGAUGCCCUCAUCGAUAGAGAUCAGGUGCAUCGCCAGACCGCCGCCAGCGUUGUGAAGCACAUUGCUUUAGGGGUGGUCGGUCUCGGGUGUGAGGAUGCAAUGGUUCAUCUUCUCAAUUUGGUAUUCCCUAAUAUCUUCGAAACAAGUCCUCACGUUAUUGACCGUGUCAUCGAAGCCAUUGAUGCCAUUCGAAUGGCCGUUGGCACGGGAGUUGUCAUGAACUACGUCUGGGCAGGCCUGUUCCACCCUGCCCGUAAAGUCCGCACGCCAUACUGGCGGCUUUACAACGAUGCUUAUGUGCAAAGCGCGGAUGCAAUGAUUCCAUAUUAUCCUACAAUGGAAGAGGAUGGCGUGGAGAGGCCUGAAUUGUCCAUAAUAGUUUAACAAAAGCGACUUGCUUUUUCAUGUAUUCAUCCACCUUUUUUAAGUGUUCAAUGCUUUUUCGCUGGCAUUAUGGGACCUGUUUAAUCGCGCAUGGUGUUCUUGAUGGUGGGAUUGGCGUGUAUUUAUUCUCCUGGAGCCAAAUAUCAGAUAUAGGAAAUGACAUUGCGUGUUUUCUGCCAGUCACCGAGCUCAUCGGCACUUUAGGGU